GGGCACAGAGAAAAUUUGUUAUCUUUACCCAGGGAACAAGAUUUGUUUUAUCUGGGAUGUCCAAUAGUGAAAUUCUAUGAUAGAAGAAUUUUAAAAUUUAUUAUGGCGGAGGUAAAAGUGCUUUGUGAGUGCACUUGUACUCUUUUGCAGCUGCAAGAGUAAGUUCACAGCUACACGAUUAUGCAUCGGCCACAGUUGAGGCAAAGGCAAGGACGACAGCAGCAGCAGCAGCAGCCACAAGCUCAACAGCAGCAGCAGCAGCAGCCACAAGCUCAACAGCAGCAGCCACAAGCUCAACAGCAGCAGCAGCCACAAGCUCAACAGCAGCAGCAGCCACAAGCUCAACAGCAGCAGCAGCAGCAGCAGCAGCCACAAGCUCAGCAGCAGCAGCAGCAGCCACAAGCUCAACAUGCUCGAGACGAGAAAUGUCACCAAAUGUGAACACCA